AGGAGCCGCGCGGAGGGCAGCCACCUACUUAAGGAAUGUUUACGGAACUGAACGGGAGAUAAUGCUCAAACAGCAAAAAGAGAAGCCGUGACUGUUCCCAGGGAGCCCGAACAUUCCUGAUAGUACUGCAAGCAUGAAGGAGUUAAGUGUGCGCCAGCAGACCCGGGCACUGCUGCACAAGAAUCUGCUCAAGAAAUGGCGGAUGAAGAGAGAGAGUUUAGUGGAAUGGAGCAUACCAAUUAUUAUAGGACUGUAUAUGAGCCUGCUUUCCUAUUUCAAAGAAAAUAAUCAGGUCCCUGAAGUCCCUCCUCACUAUCUUGGAAGUAUAGAUGAAUUCAAUGGAUCUUCAAUAAUGGUUGUAUACACACCAAUCUCUAACAUAACCGAACAGAUAAUGAACAAAACAGCAUUUGCUCCAACUAUGAAAGGAACAAGAAUCAUCGGGGUACCAAGUAUAAAAGACUUGGAUGAAGUGCUUCUGGAGAAUAUACCACAUGCUUUUGGAAUCAUAUUUAACAACACUUUCUCUUACAAGUUUAAAGUAUUUCUAAUGUAUGGAAAUCCGUUUUUGAAAGAGGACUUAUUAGCUCACUGCUGGGAUAUAUAUUCUCACGUUUUCUGUUCGCUGUCCAUAUACUGGGAACGAGGGUUUGUGGCUUUACAAACCGCCAUUAAUGCUGCUAUUAUAGAAUUCACGACGAACCACUCCGUGAUGGAGGAGUUAAUGUCUGUCGACGGCAUCAAUAUGAAGACAUUACCUUUUAUUUCUAAAGAUAUUUUUCAAUACGAAGUUUUCAUCUUGUUCUGCUUGCUUUAUUUCUCCUCGUUUGUAUAUUUUGCAUCACGCAAUGUCACUAAAGAGAGAAAACAGUAUAAGGAGCUCAUGAAAGUCAUGGGUCUACAAGACUCUGCAUUCUGGCUGUCCUGGGGCUUAAUCUAUGUUGGCUUCAUCUUUAUUAUUUCCAUAUAUGUUGCAAUUAUCAUAACAUCUACCCAGAUUAUAGUGAUGACUGGUUUCCUGGUCAUAUUUAUGCUGUUUUUCUUAUAUGGAUUAUCCUUGAUAGCUGUCACUUUCCUGAUGGCUGUUCUGUUACAGAAAGCUGUCCUCACCAACCUAAUGGUAUUUCUCUUUACCCUCUUUUGGGGGUGUGUGGGGUUCACUGUGCUUCACAAAGAACUCCCCUUGUCUCUGGAAUGGGUUCUGAGCAUCUGCAGUCCCUUUGCCUUCACAUCUGGGAUGGCUAAGAUUAUCUUCAUGGAUUAUAACUUGAAUGGUGCUGUAUUUCCUGACCCUUCAGGAGAAUCAUAUGUAAUGAUAGCAAUAUUUUUUAUAUUGGCUUUUGAUGGUUUUCUCUACUUGGUUUUGGCCUUGUAUUUUGACAAAAUCUUGCUCUCUGGGGCAGAGCACCGGUAUCCUCCAUUGUUUUUCUUGAAUUCAACGUCUUGUUUUCGAAAAACGACUCAUAGAAACAAGAUCAUCGAGAGAGACAUAGACCCUGAGCUUCCUUCAGAUGAGUAUUUUGAGCCGGUAGAUCCAGAAUACCAAGGGAAAGAAGCCAUCAGAAUAAGAAAUAUUAAAAAGGAAUAUAAAGGGAAGUCUGGGAAACUGGAGGCUUUGAAAGGUCUGUACUUUGAUAUCUAUGAGAGUCAAAUCACAGCAAUUCUGGGCCACAGUGGAGCGGGCAAAUCUUCAUUACUAAACAUCCUCAGUGGAUUAUAUGUUCCAACUGCAGGGUCAGUUACAGUCUACAAUAAAAAUGUCUCUGAAAUGCAAGACUUGAAAGAAAUCCGAAAGAUGAUUGGUGUUUGUCCUCAGCAUAAUGUUCAAUUCGAUGCACUCACUGUAAAGGAAAACCUCACCCUGUUUGCUAAAAUAAAAGGGAUUCUUCCACAGGAUGUAGAGCAAGAGGUGCAACAAAUCAUAUUGGAAUUGGACAUGCAGAAUGUUGAGGAUGAUCUUGCUGAACAUUUAAGUGAAGGACAGAAAAGAAAGCUCACCUUUGGGAUUGCCACUCUAGGAGAUCCUCAAAUUUUGCUCUUAGAUGAACCUACUGCAGGACUCGAUCCCUUCUCGAGGCAGCGAAUAUGGGGUUUCCUGAAGGAACGCAGGGCAGACCACGUGAUCCUCUUCAGUACUCAGUUCACGGAUGAGGCAGACAUUCUUGCAGACAGGAAAGUGCUCAUCUCCAAUGGGACUCUCAAGUGCACAGGGUCCUCUGUCUUUCUGAAGAGAAAAUGGGGUCUUGGAUAUCACUUAAGUUUGUUUAUGGAUGAAACGUGUGAUCCAGAGCAGUUAGCAUCCUUCAUCAAUCACCACAUCCCCGAUGCCAAAUUAAAAGCAAAAAACAAAGAAAAACUUGAGUACAUUUUGCCACUGGAAAGGACAAACAAGUUCCCAGAGUUCUUCAGUGAUCUCGAUACAUAUGCUGGCCAGGGCUUGAUGAAUUAUGAAGUUUCCAUGUCAACUCUGAAUGAAGUCUUCAUAAACCUGGAAGGAGGACCAAGUACCACACAGGACUUUGAGAAAAGAGAAACAGUAACAGACUCAGAAAGCUUAAAUGAAAUGGAGGUGGUUUACCCUUCUCUCUCUCAAGCACAGAAGACCUUGAGCAGCAUGAGCCUUUGGAGAACACAGGUCUGUGCUAUAGCAAGACUUCGCAUCUUAAAACUAAAACGAGAGAGAAAAGCAUUUUUGAUCUUUCUACUGCUUAUUGGAAUUGCCCUACUCCCACUGAUUAUGGAACACAUGGCUAAUGCUUUGAUAGAGGAAAAAAAGAACUGGGAAUUUAAAUCAGACUUGUAUUUCCUGUCUCCUGGACAACUCCCUCAGGGUCUGAGAACCAGCCUGUUGGUCAUCAAUAACACAGAUUCAAAUAUUGAAGAUUUUGUCCAAGCGCUGAAGCAUCAAAACAUAGUUUUGGAAGUAGAUGACUCUGAAAACAGAAAUGGUACCGAAAGCCUUUCCUACAAUGGAGCUAUUAUAGUUUCUGGAAAACAAAAGAAUUACAGGUUUUCAGCUGUGUGUAAUACCAAGAGGCUACACUGCUUUCCUAUAUUAAUGAACAUCAUCAGCAAUGGGAUCCUACAUAUGUUCAAUCAUUCACAGUACAUUAGAAUUGAGGAAGAUAUAUUCUCAUCAAAAAUCGUGAUAGUCUGGUUUGGGACACUGGAAGCUUCUCUGUUCAUUCUGUUUAUUCUGUGCAGCGUCUCUCCACAUAUCGCCAUGAGUAGCGUCAGCGAUUAUAAAAAGAAAGCUGAUUGCCAGCUGUGGAUUUCUGGACUCUACCCUUCUGCCUUCUGGUGUGGGCAGGCGGUAGUGGACAUUAGCCUCUUCAGCGGAAUUCUUCUCACAAGCUACUUUACAUUAUACACAACAAGAGUGAUGCACAUUUACUUGACAAGCGAAAUUGUGCUAUCUAUCAUUGCUCUUGCAUUUGGUUGCGCAACUUCUCUUGUCUUCUUGACCUAUGUGAUAUCCUUUGUUUUUGGCAAAAGGAGAAAAAACAGUGGCCUCUGGUCCAUUUGCUUCUUUAUUGUCAUAACCGUUACGUUUGACACAGUUUUGAUUGAUCCCUUCAAUGGCGCAUGGCUUAUUUCUGCCAUCAUGUUAGUCCCUUCCUUCUCAUUGAAUGCGCUCCUGAUUGUCUUGGAAAUGAGAGCCUACCAGUACUAUGAAGAAUUUGGAGAGAGGAAAUAUGGUUUAUCUGGGGUUGAUCUUCUGUUAUGCCUAGUACCUUACUUUCAUACUUUGCUGUUCAUUUUUGUUCUGAGAUGCCUGGAACUGAAAUAUGGGAAGAAUGUCCUAUGGAAGGAUCCCAUCUUCAGAAUAUCUCCACAAAGUCUAAACGUUCAACCAAAUCCAGAGACACCUACGGAUGAAGACGAUGAUGUGCGAGCAGAAAGACUGAGGACAUCUGAUGCCCUGAGCGCUCUGAACUUAGAUGAGAAACCAGUCAUAAUCGCCAGCUGUCUUCACAAAGAGUACGCAGGUCAGAAGAAACGAUGUUGUUCGAAGAGGGCAAGGAAAGUAGCAGUGAGGAACAUCUCUUUUUGUGUUAAUAAAGGUGAAAUUUUGGGGUUGUUAGGACCUGAUGGUGCCGGCAAAAGUUCCUCUAUCAGGAUGAUAGCUGGGAUCACAAAGCCAACAGCUGGAGAGGUAGUCAUAAAAAGGUUCAGCUCUGCUGUGGGUCACCGGGGCGAUGGCACAGCCGAGUUUGGAUACUGCCCUCAGGAGAACGUGCUGUGGCCCAUCCUGACGGUGAAGGAGCACCUGGAGCUGUAUGCCACUGUAAAGGGACUGGGGAAAGAGGAGGCUGUCGUUGCCAUUUCAAGAUUAGUGAAUGCUUUUAAACUACACAGCCAGCUCAAUGUCCAAGUGCAGAACCUAGAGGCAGGAGCAACCAGAAAGCUGUGCUUUGCGCUGAGCAUCCUGGGAAAUUCGCCUGUCCUGAUACUGGAUGAACCAUCUGCAGGCUUAGAUGUGUCAGGGAAGCAACAAGUGUGGCAGGCAAUCCAGGCAGCUGUUAAAGACGAGAAGGGUGUCCUAUUGUCUACCCAUGACCUGGCUGAGGCGGAGGCUCUGUGUGACCGAGCAGCCAUCAUGGUGUCUGGAAGGCUGAGAUGCAUCGGUUCAAUCCAACACCUGAAGAGGAAAUUUGGCAAGGAUUACUUUCUAGAACUCAGAGUGAAGGAAAUUUCUCAAGAGCCGUUAGUUCACCAGGAGAUUCUGAAGCUCUUCCCCCAGGCUGCACGCCAGGACAGGUGUUUCUCCUCGCUCACCUACAAGCUACCGGUAACAGAUGCUCAUCCUCUGUCUCAGGCCUUUCACAAACUAGAAGCAGUGAAGCAUGGCUUUAACCUAGAAGACUACAGCCUCUCUCAGUGCACACUGGACCGAGUAUUUUUGGAGCUUUCAAAGGAACAGGAGUCGGGAGAUGUUCAUGAAGAAGCGGACAUAACCAUGAGACGGAAACUCCUCCCUCCGUCAGAUGAACUGUAAAGUCCCAAACCUAAUCAUUCCACUAUUCCUCAAACUUGUUCUAUAUAGUAACUAACAGAGUUAAUAAUUUCAAAGAUGUUUUCAUGCUAACAUUAUACAUAUUUUAUCUGCUCAGUCAAUCUCAAAAUAAAAUUUAUAACUACUCAUGUCUCAAAACUUAGAGUCUAUAAGGAAAUAUAAACUACUUGUAAAGUAAAAUCACCCAGAACCAGUCCAUGGGGCUACUGCAGAGUCAAAACUACAAACUCAGUUUAAAAAAAGAAAUUAAUUUGCAAAAAUAUACUGGCUGGUUUUGUGUGUCAACUUGAUACAGGCUGGAGUUAUCACAGAGAAAGGAGCCUCCCUUGAGGAAAUGCCUCCAUGAGAUCCAGCUGUGGGGCAUUUCCUCAUUAAUGAUCAAAGGGGAGGCCCCAUCCCUGGGCUGGCAGUCCUGGGUUCUAUAAGAAAGCAGGCUGAGUAAGCUUCUUGCUCAUGAUGUUUUGUACAGGAAUAGAGACCCUAAGACAAACAAUUAUCAGAACUUUCAGUUGCAGAAACGUAUGAAGAAUGUUCUCAGAGCCCUCUUCUGCCAUACAUGGGCUCCUGCACACAUAUGUGCGUAGACAGACACUCACAUAUAAAUAAAAUAAGUAAGUUUUAAAAAGAAUAUUUGUAUAAUGGAAAAUAUAUAAAAAUUAAAUAACACCUUACAAAAGAGCCCCUAUAGUUCUUUCAUACAAAAAUUCAAUUGUAUACUUUCCUUAAUCCAUUUUUGUAGACUUGUUACCAUGUAUGGUAUACAUAUUUCCUAACUAGAUACUUAUAUUUACUGUUAUUACAUUGGAAUUUUUGUUUUGCUUUCAAACUUAAAGUAAUGUUGAAGCAUUAUAUAUUUGCAUUUAAAGUUGUGUGGCUAAUAUUCUUUGCUCAUUUACUUUUGUGUUUUAAUCUUUUUACUACUCAUUUACAGGAUUUAUAUGUAAUGAAAUAUUUUAGUGGUGUGUUUCACAGUUGAACAUCACUAUCUGGAAGGUUGAUCUGGUCAAGGGAUGCUAUGAAUUGAAAAUAUCUUACCUGACAAGUGACAGGCCAAGGUGAAAUCAAGACUCAUUAAAACCAUUGCAUCAAAUCACCUUUGGACUUUGUAUAUAAGGUGCAUUUGAAAGACACAUGAAUCACAUGCCAGGAAUUAAGUCCUAUAUCCAAGAUUUCUAAUUAUGCAUGGACUAAAAUUUCAAAAUCUGAAACACUUCAGCAUUUCUAAUAAGGGAUAGUCAGCCUGUACCACCAUUAUAACCAAAGGUUCUAUUUGCAAAUCUAUGGUAAAUAAUCAGUGUUUACUGUUCAGGAGAUAACAGUCCCUUUUAAGAGUUUAUGUAGAUAUCAGAGCCAUGAUUUUCUUGCUCUAAGAAACAUAAUGAACUUUCAGAUUUCUUGUAAAUAAAGAAAUUCUGGCUGGGGAGUGGUGUUGCACGCCUUUAAUCCCAGCACUUGGAAGGGAGAGGCAGGCAGAUUUCUGAGCUGGAGGUCAGCCUGGUCUACAGAGUGAGUUCCAGGACAGCCAGAGCUACACAGAGAAACCCUGUCUUGGGGAAAAAAGGAAAGAAAGAAAGAAAGAAAGAAAGAAAGAAAGAAAGAAAGAAAGAAAGAAAGAAAGAAAUGAAACACUGACUUCCAAGCUGCUUACUUUCCAGAGCUAAAGGGAUUAAAUUUUUAAUUAUUUUGGGUUUUAGGUUAAUGAAGACUUAUAUUUGAAUCCCUACCUGGUACUAUUGUCUAACACAUUGGACACAGCAGUUCCAAAACCUAUCAGCACCAUGGCCUCAUCUUCAACUGUAAGGUUUAUAGAGGAUUUAGGCACGGUUAUUCCUCUCCCCUCCAAACAGCAUUUUUUAUAUGUUAGCUCUCCGUUAUACCUCCUACCUUCCCACAAACUAGUCAUCAUCAUCAUCAUCAUGAUUUUGUGCAUCAAUAUUUAUUUUUUUUACCAAAGGAUUCAUAGAUUUUGAGCACGAAGCUACUUCCUUUCAAGGAGUUCUUUCGGAGAUCACCAUAAAAGACAAAAAUCUCAGGAUUUUUUUUCUGAAAAUAUAUUGCUCACUCUAUCUUUACAAGAUGAAUUAUAUUUCAGCUGGCUUGUCAUUCAGCGUUCGUACUUGUCUUUCAUUGUUUAUCAGUUUUGGUAGCUAAUAUUUCUAUUAGCUCACUAUUUUCAGUUGUUAGGCGAACUUUUUAUUGAUUAAUUUUAUGAUUUCAUCCACAUUUAUAAUUUAUGUUAGUCAUCUAUGGGUAUAAUGUAUGUUGAUCAUGAGCAUGUAUAAUGUGUUGUUCACAUACAUGUAUAAUGUAUGUCAACCAUCCAUGUGCAUAAUGUAUGUCUAUCAUGCAUGUGUAUAAUGUAUGUUGAUCAUUCAUGUGUAUAAUGUAUGUUGAUCAUUCAUGUGUAUAAUGUAUGUUGAUCAUCCAUGUAUAUAAUGCAUAUCGAUCAUUUACAUGUAGAAUAUAUGUUGCUCAUGCACGUGUAUAAUGUAUGUUGAUCAUACUAACUCUCAUUAUCUUCUCUUGUCAACUUCCCAUCCCAUUGGACUCUUUCUGCUUCCCACCUAGUUCUGCUUCUACUGUGUGUGUGUGUGUGUGUGUGUGUGUGCGCGAGACUGAGUUUAAAUCAGGUUAUAUUAUAUGAAUGGGCAAAGAUGUGGGUUGUUUACCUCAGCAUGAGCAAUUUAUCAGUGGCUACAUUGAAAAAAAGUCUUAUCUUCUGUCUAGAUUGUGUUGCUUUUUUUUUCUGUUAAUUUGAUACAAGUUACAAGUUAAUGAUUAUUAUGGAAGGGCCCAACCUACUGUGGGAGGUCUUAUCUCUGAGAAGGUGGUCUUGGAUGGCAGAAAAAAGGAGGCUGUGCAAGCUAUGGGGAGCAAGCCAGCAAGCAGCACUCCUCCAGGCACUCUGCUUCAGGUCCUGCCUCCAGUUCCUGCCUCCAGUUCCUGCCUUUAGUUCCUUCCCUGACUUCUCUCAGUUACAGAGUGUUUUGAAAAUUCUAAGAUGAAAUAAAACCUUUCCUCCCAAGUG